CCUUUGGCCCAGGCUUGCAAGAGAAUACACUCAGAGCAGCUCUACUUAUUCCUGUCCAUCAGUUGCCGGUUGAGUACUGGCACUGCACAUACCUGCUCCACAGAAUCUAAAACCUUCAGGAGUCUACCUGCUCAAAGGUCCUGGGUUUCUACAGCCCUUCUUCAUCAAGGGUGGGGCCACAGCUUUGUCCCAAGAGGGUAAACUGCCUCCUUGUUCCUUUACUGGCUUGAGACUCCUAGGCUGUGUCCGAACUAGCUGAUAGGCCAGAAGUCUUAGGAUGAAAAGAAUACUAGAGUCGUCCUCAAAGUUAGAACUUUUGUUGGUGUCUGUGUUCUCUCACUCCUGUUACCUACCUUGGCCCUUCCCUACCUACAUUUGUGAUUUUGUGAUUUCACUGAAGAAUUGACCUUAGACAGGGUCUUGCUCUGUCGCUGGGGCUGGAUGUAGUGGUGCGAGCUCAGCUCACUGCAGCCUCGAACUCUCCGGCUCAAGCAAUCCUCUUGCCUCAGCUUCCCAUGUAGCUGGGGCUACAGGCAUGCAUCACCAUGCCCAGCUAGUUUUAAAAUUUUCUGUAGAGACAAGGUUUCCCGAUGUUGCCCAAGCGGGUCUCGAACCCGUGGGCUCGAGCGAUCCUUGCGCCUUGGCCUCCCAAAGGGUUGAGAUUACAGGUGUGAGCCACCAUGCCCGGCCUGACCUUUUGUAAAUACUCCCAACUAAUUGUCCAAACGGACUGGAACAAAACAAUCCCCUUCCCAAUACUGCGAGACAGGGCAAAAUUCUUCAAAUUUAUGUUUGAGGCCAUAAACCAACAGCAGUAAAAUGAAACCCUCAGGAAGCAAUGACAAGAAACCCAGGAACACUCAUUUCCUCCAGCCCAAGUGGCAGAUGGGAUCUCAAAUACACCAUGGUGUGAUGUGUGACACGCUGUUCGCUGGGGAUGUGGAGCAUUUCAAGUGCCCCGCAGAGGUGGGCCUGGGGCACUCCUCACAGAUACCCCUCUCCACAAACACCCCUCCCCAGGCAACAUUCCUGGGGACCCUAGACCUCCCUUUGGUGGACCGGCUCCCGAGGGUCUCUAAGGUUUUUCACCUUAUCUCUGGGUGAACUGAAGGCAGGGGAAUAGGCGGCCCCACAGCCUGGGUCCCCGAGACCCCGUCCGGGCUGAAAGCAAGAGACGCCGCCUGGAAGCCACUCAUCAAGCAGCUCCGCCGGCUUGGUAAGGGGUGGUCGUUGAGGUCUGGGUCAUUGCCACUGGCUCCUCCCUCCGCCCACUCUAGCUUCCCGGACUCAAGAGCUGCUGAACUAUCGGCGCGUCGGCAAUGGGCUCCUUAGGCUGGCUCCUGCACAGAGAAGGCGGGAGGAGGGCUCUGUGCUGCUUCCCCUGCCUUUGCUGCGCGCUUCCGGCGGGGUCGCCGCCACUUCCGCUCGAGCGCGCCUCGCGCUGUGCGCGCACGGACCCAAGGAAGGAUCGGGUGCGCGGCCCGGGAGACACCGCCGUCUCCUCAAAUCAGCCGGGCCUCCAGCCGCCGCCGCCGCCGAUACCCUGCCUAGGCCUGCGGCGCGCCACCCUCACCUCCUUCAUUCCUACCGUCCACGCCAGCCUUGGCGAACUGACCCGCUUGUGGUCUCGAACUCGGUGGGAGCAGAGCAUGGACAUGGGAACGAGUGGUCUCUUGAAGAAGCCAUGGUGGACCCUGCCUGAAAACUUUGAUGCUCCAAUGGUGUUCCACAUGGAAGAGGACCAGGAGGAGCUUAUCUUCGGGCACAGUGACACAUACCUUCGCUGCAUCGAGAUGAACAGCCGCACCCUUAUUCAGCUGGAGAGCUGGUUCACAGCUACAGGCCAGACUCGUGUGACUGUAGUGGGACCACACAGGGCCAGGCAGUGGCUGCUGCACAUGUUCUGUUGCAUGGGGAGCCGGGACUCCUAUUGUCAUGCUCGAGGCCUGGAGAUGCUGGAACGUGUCCGAAGCCAGCCCCUGACCAACGAUGACCUGGUCACCUCCAUUAGUGUGCCACCAUACACUGGAGAUCUGUCUUUGGCUCCCAGAAUAAGUGGAACCGUGUGUCUUAGCGUUCCUCAGCCUUCCCCUUACCAAGUGAUUGGCUGUUCGGGAUUCCAUCUGAGUUCACUCUAUCCAUAAUUAAGGACUGACCUCCACUGGGAAGUGCAGAUGAGAGAAGUCUUCGCUUCACUUUUGGUGAGAAAGACAUGAAAGACACUGUAGAAAGUUUGGAUUUCUGGGUCGAGUCGUGUCCCUCUGAUGCCUUCUAGGCAUGUGUCUGAGGGAAGUCUCCUGAAUGUAAGAAAGUGUUAUAUUGGCAAAGUAAUCCAAUAAAAUAAGCUACCUAAGAUGAAA